CUGAGAAUGACAUCAUGCGGAAUGGAUAUAAUCUAGGAAUAAGGAUACGUUGCGGCAUCAGCGUUUCUAAGACAGAAACAGGAUUUCAAACAAAGAUGCAAACAAGCGAUGACUUUACGCUGGUGUAAAGGUUACUCCACGGUAUAUUACGAUGCAAAAAGAUGAAGAGAUACAGAUAACGCUUCAACCAACAGUUCCGUUUGGAUGUUAUGGAGUUAUAGGAAUGGUACCGGAUAGCAAUACACCUAAAUGCAGCCAUUUUAUACAACUUUAUUACCCAGAGGUUACCGAGGAACAGUGCACAAUUGAUGAGACUGUCCACGGACCCCUACCUAAAAUAAAUAACAAUCAAGCAGUUUGUGGUGCAGAAAUAAAGGGGUUUUACGCUUACGACAUACGUGAAGAUUCUUCUCCAUCCAUGACUGCAGUUACAAUGAAUAUAACGUCACCAUUUUUUUCUUUAUCGGAUCCAACCGUAUACAAAUUAGGCCUCAUAACAAAACAUGGCGGAACCCACAAGAUCUGGAAAGGUUCGUCGUUGGAUCAAAUACAGCUAACAAUCUCUAACGGAAAAUUCGUGCCGAGAGUUUGCUAUGCUCAUGUUGAUCCACAUAUGUGGACUUUCACACAAAGGAAAUAUGAUAUAAAUAAUUUUGCCGGAGACUUUAUUUUGUACAAACACGACAUGCUUGGCAUUGAGAUUCAAAUGAGAACUACAAAGUGUAAUAAUAACAGAGCGUAUUGCGCUUGUGCUGUUGCUGUAAGAGCUGGUGGUGAUGUGUUCCUGAUAAAUUUAUGCGGCAAAAUGCGAGAUGUAGGAAUGACGUCAUGCAAAGAUGGUGGAACGCUUGUAAUUCAACAGGAGAAUGAAUACAAUUAUAACGUAUUCACAAAUAUAGGAACACUUGUGAAGAUAAAGAUAUUAUCUGGACGCUACAAAAAUCUUUUGAACAUUGAUGUUCAUCUAGCGCCUAAAGACGUCGGUGCAACCAAAGGACUUUGUGGUACAUUUAAUGGUGCUAACAAACACGAGAAAUAUUUAAGCAGAGCAGGAACUUCUCUAUCUAUGUCAGCCUUCAUACAAGAAUGGGUAGUACGAUCAACUGAUACAAAUUUUCUUGAUAAAAGUUGUGACAUUUCUGUUGAGGCAUGGCAAGAAAGUGGACAAUCAUUGUACUGCACUUGCAACUGUUUUUCGAAAGACGGUAAGAUAUGUAAUGACGCGACAGCAGUCGCCACCUGCUCACCAACGCAAUAUGUGAACUGUUCUAUUAGCUUUUCGAAAGCUACCGAAUUUUGUGAAUAUUAUUAUGAUGACUGUGAUAUCAACCGCAAUGGUAGAAGAUCAGCAUCAUAUUACAAUCCAGGAGCUGAAAUGGCACGCAGGGCUCACUUAUCAAGACUUUCACAUCGUUUCAUUACAAAGCGUGAAUCAGCAACACAAGAUAAUAUAUCCGAGGACAUGGCAAGAGAGUUUUGUACUAACAAAAUAGUAACUCGAAUGGUGACAGAACGUGAACAACUGCUUAAUGGAAUGAAACUAGAAACUGUAAUCGAGGAAUGUACUUGGGAUGUAUUCACAGGAGGAGAUAUAGGAUGGGCGGAUACACAUCAAGCUUCAACAUUUGCUAUGAUUGAAGCUGGGUACAAAAGAGAUGCAAACUUUACAUUGACAAAUGCUGCUGAGUUUAGAGAGUUCAAAAUAAAUGCAUGUCAAAACAACUGUAGUGGACAUUGCACAAAUAAGGGUAAGUGUGAAUGCGACGAAUUAUACUUUGGACCAGAAUGCGCCCAGAACAAAUCUAUAGGACCAGUCAUAGAAGACAUUACUGGAGGUGGGUUUUGUGAUCAGCGGUAUGGCAGUGAAUGCAGAUGUUUCUUCGUGCAGACAGAAGCUCUACUUAACUCAUUUAGAUGCAGAAUUGUUAGAUAUGAGAAGUUUCUAAAUGGAGAAACCGCCCAUGUAGGAACGGAAACUACAAAUGGAAGACACAGGAACAUAUACAAUGGGGAUUGCUGUUUCGGUGAAAUGCGACGUAAACGCUCAAGUGAUAGUAAUGCAGACUCUGAUGUGAUGAAUUAUGUAUACGACAUAUCUAUCAGCAACGAUGGUCAAACUUUUGGCCCAUCGACCUCUGUUUAUAUCUAUGACUCCCUUUGUUUAACGAAACAGACUGAGAGGGUUGGAAAUGUUACAUUUAAAAUAAAGGACAACACGUGCCUUAUAAGUGGUAACUGUCAGGUAUACAAUGCUGCUGCUUUAUCAAACCCAUGUUACAAAUGUAUACCUGGAAAAAGUCAAAUACAAUGGACAUACGAUUGCAACAGUCAGCAAGUUUCCACGACAGCAAUUGUAAUUGUUGUGUCAAUGGGGACCUUCGUGCUAUUUAUACUUAUAGCAUGCACUAUUGUGUACUUGAAAAAGACAAAACAAAGCAAAAGAUUGAUUUUCGCUUCAAAUGACUUCACAUCAAAGAUAUACAAUGAACCAGCCAAGCCUGUCUUUAAUAGCAAAACACUUUGAAUGUGUUAAUGUAUCACACAAAAUACAGUUUGUAAUCAGGAUUUUAGAUGCUUAGAACUUGACUAGAUUUAUGAAGAUGACUGUGCAUUUUAGUUUUGUUUUUCUUUCCAAAUCAGCUUCGCAUUUGUGUCACACUGAUAAUAGAUAUACAACAUAUUAAGUGCAGAGGGUCGCUAAAGUAAGAUGUUAGUUGGAUCUACGCCACAGAACAAUCAAGGUUGAAAAGAAAAUUUAUUGCCGAUCUCUGAACAGCAUAAAAGCAUAAAAGCCUGAAUCAUGUGCAAAUUAUUUAUUAUUAUUGUUGUUAGUUUCAUUAUACUUAUUUGGUUUGUCAAUGGUUUCAGGAAAUGUUCUACCUACUUUUUAGCAGUAUGUACAUGUAUCACUCAUGUUCUCCGUGACGAUUUGGUAAAAGACAUUGUGUCUGAAAUCAUUCGUACUCCACGCUAUUUGCGGAGAACAGGUAAAUACUGGUAUAGAAUCCAAAAACACUGGUUCUAUAAUUGAAAUGCUGUUGGAAAUCGGCGUCAUGAACAUGCUCACUCAAACCAAGUCUGCUAUUAUUUUGCUUUGUUGCAUUCUUUGCUUCCAAAGGAUCGUUUCACAGAUUUUAAAACCAAACAAACAAAUAACGCUAAUUAUAGCGCAAGAUUUAUUUCAUGUUAUAAAAUAUCCAGUUGAUAGUACGAUAUUAACAUGAAUAUAAUUAUUGACCUAUCUGACGACGCUAAAUAAUAGAAAAAAAAAAUUAUCACUUCAGUUUCGUUGAUAUUUAUCAAAUGUCCAGAUCUUACAUUCCAGAAAAAAAGAUUAAAGGAUGAUGACAAAAAUAAAGUCGAAUUGUUCAAUACAGUGUCAUACAACGAUUAUAAGUUCUAACCUAUGGAUACAUUCAAAUAUUGUUGCAAGUAUGAAUAAAUCUAUGUGUAGCGUGUGUCAGUACCUUUCCUAUUCUUUGCUGAUAAUCAUUUCGAUAUAACGGAUAAAUUUAAAACACAUGAAGUCAUUUUACUAGACCUGAAGUGUCUAGACAGAUUGAAAACACAAAUGAUGACAACUUGCAUCAAUGCAAGAUAGAAUGUUUCAUAAUUAUACCAUAUAAUAAUG